AUGGCUGUGACGGAUGAACAAAAGGUUUUAUUGGCUACUUUUAUGUUAAAAGGAGAUGCUCGACGUUGGUGGGAAGUUACCAAACAAAGAUUGUCUGCACCAAUGGCAAAUCUUGAAAAUAAUGAUGCUCCUCCUAUACCUACGGUCAUCACUUGGGCUAUGUUUACCAAAGCUUUCCAUGAAAAGUAUUUCCCAAGGAGUUACCAAAUGGGUCAGAGGCGGGAAUUUUUGAAGUUGGAACAGGGGAAGAUGACGGUAGCAGAGUAUGAAGCCCGGUUUACAACCUUAUCACGUUUUGCUUUGAAUCUUGUUAGCACGGACGAGGACAAGUGCAGAAUGUUUGAGGAUGGGUUGAAUAUAGAACUUCGGCCUUAUGUGGCAAAUCAACGGUUAAAUAAUUUUGCGGAUAUGAUCGAAGUGGCAACAAACUUUGAGCGGGAUUUGGGGUUAUUGAAUGAACAAAGGGAGCAGAAUAAGAAAAGAAAAACAGAAUCUACAUCAGGUGGAAGGAACUUUGGCCAACAAUCCAUAAUUAAAGGCAGAGGAACUUCUACUUUUCAGAGCCAUGGUGGAAGUCAAUUUCGAGGAUUCCAAUCUGGAUAGCGAGCGAAUGUGUCAAAGCAACAAAGUCAGACGGGUUCUACUUUUUCUGGUGGUCGCAGCAAUGCCCUUACAUGUCAUAGGUGUGGAUCACCUGAUCAUUUCGUUCGAGAUUGUCCCGAACCAGAAUCAUUCCGUAGGUGUUUUAGAUGUGGGGAUCCGGGACAUU